AUGAACGGCCGAGCCCUUUGCAUCCUCACCAAAGACGACUUCCCACUCCGCUCCCUGGCCUGCCCUCCCGCCCCACCCGCAGCUGACGUUCUGUAUGAGUUGCUCCAGUACAUCAAGACCCAGCGGCAAGCCGUAGCACGUGGGCCCUUUUUCGGAAGGGCUUGCAGGCAGAGGGUGCCCACUCAGCCCUUCCCCUGCUGCCUGGAAGGUGAGGAGGCUCUCUUUGGACCUCUGAGACCCUCCCCCAGAUUGGCCUCAUCAGAGGGCAGAGCUUCUUCCAGAGGGGAUCGGGGCCUCCUGCAGCAGCCACCAGCCCUGGGGCUUGCCAGCUCCUUGAGCCAUGUGGAUGCCCCUGGCCUGGCCAGCUGGCCCCUCAGCAGGCAGGAGUCCCUCAGUUUAUCUCACUGUGUGGAGCUCAGCUGCAGGGCUGAGGGAGUCUCCUCCUUCCCCGCGAUGCCACAGGCCCCCACUGAUGGCAGGAUCAUUGACUGCCAGCUGCUGUGGGAUUACAAGUAUCAGCUGCUCUCUGACACCAGGUACGAGCCCUACAUCAAGUGGGAAGACAAUAAUGCCAAGAUCUUCUGAGUUGUGGAUCCAAAUGGGCUUGCCAGAUUCUGGGGAAACCACAAGAAGCGGGUGAACGUGACCUAUGAGAAGAUGUCGCAUGCCUUGUGCCCCUACCAUAAUCUGAACAUCAUUAAGAAGGAACCCAGGCAGAAACUCCUGUUCAGAUUUCUGAAGACACCCAGGAAGAUCAAUCAGGACAAGGGCAGCAGCAGGGAGCUUCUGCAGAGCCAGGAGCAGGACAGGGUGGACUUCAAGGAGGAGAUGCUGGAAGUCUCUCUGUGA